GAGAGUGCAAAGGGGCGUGGCGUCGCAGCAGCGGCGACCAAUGGGGAGGCGGCACUGACGGGCGUGGAGGGGAAAGGCAGCGGCUGCGGCGGCGGCGGAGCCUGCAGAGUCCGUAAUGAUGAACGGCUCUGACCUCGCUGGCACGACGACGGCGUCCACUCCCAAAUCCAAAGAGGACCAAGUAGUGAACGGCCACGAUGAGAAGGACAACAACCCCUUCGCCGAGUACAUGUGGAUGGAGAACGAGGAGGACUUCAACAGACAGGUGGAGGAGGAGCUGCAAGAGCAGGAGUUUCUGGACCGCUGCUUCCAGGAGAUGCUGGAGGAGGAGGACCAGGACUGGUUCAUCCCAUCGCGUGACCUCCCGCAGGGCGUGGGGCAACUGCAGCAGCAGCUCAGCGGCCUCUCGGUGGGCGACAGCCACGGCUCCGAGGACAUUCUGAGCAAGAGCACCUUGAACCCAGACGCUAAGGAGUUUGUGCCGGGGGUGAAGUACUGAAGGUCCCCGGUGGCUUUGGCAAAGACUGUGUCGGUGCUGCGGGACGGCGUCGGGAGAGGCUCCAUCCCGGCGGGACUCUGCCGUAGCGGAAUUGCUGCAAUCUUCUCCCUCCUCGCUCUUCGCUUCCACCUCCGGUUCUUCGUUCUUUGGU